AUGUCGGAAUCACAGUCGCACUCCCCUAAGGAGCAUGAAGAACCCGGGGCGCAAUCCGGCGAAGACCAAGAGCAAAUGGACAAAGACCAGCAAGAUGCUCAGGCACAUGGUCAGGGUGAAUUUGAGGUGAAGGAGCAAGAUCGGUGGCUUCCGAUUGCAAAUGUUGCUCGUAUCAUGAAGCUCGCUCUGCCUGAAAAUGCCAAAAUCGCCAAAGAAGCUAAAGAAUGCAUGCAAGAGUGUGUGAGCGAGUUCAUCUCGUUCAUUACUAGCGAAGCGUCCGAAAAGUGUCAACAGGAAAAGCGCAAGACCGUGAAUGGUGAGGAUAUUCUCUUCGCCAUGACUUCUCUUGGAUUCGAGAACUACGCCGAAGCCUUGAAGAUUUACCUCUCCAAGUACCGCGAGACUCAAUCCGCCCGAGGCGAGAAUCAGGGCCGCCCUAGCAGCAGUGGGUAUGGUGCUGGUGGCCCCGUCGGGGGAGCCGGUCAAGGUCGUCCUGCUGGAUACCCCGAAGGUGCCGAGGGUGCGAACAGCAUUCUGAAUCCCAGUUUGGAUCCAGCAGAUCAAGAUGCAGCCGCAUACGGAUAUCCGGCCAUGGUGGGCCAGCCGCACAACGGUGCUGGCGGAGAGUCUUACUAG